GUGCCGGGUCCUAUAAAGCAGCGGCGGCGGCGGCGGCGGGCGGGAGGGCGCGGGGUUCUGUGCGGGACAUGCCCCAGCACCGCUCGGCUGCCUGAAGACCCCGGGAAGGAUGGAGGUACCCAGCGCCAAGCUCCCGCGGGCUGCCUGCCUCCUGUUGCUGCUGCUGCUGCUGCUGGGCUCCAUGGCCGCCGCCCGGCAGAGCCUGCCCGAGUGUUGCCGGCAGAAGACCUGCUCCUGCCGCAUCUACGACCUGCUGCACGGCAUGGGCAACCACGCCGCCGGCAUCCUCACGCUGGGCAAGAGGAAGAGCGUCCCGCCGGCGUUCCAGAGCCGGCUCUACCGCCUGCUGCACGGCUCCGGCAACCACGCCGCCGGCAUCCUCACCAUGGGCAAGCGCGGGGAGCCCCCCGGCCCCGCCUGCCACAGCGCGUCGGGCUGCCCCGGCGGCGCGGAUCCCCAGCCCACGCCGGCGCUGCGGGGCUCGGCCGCCAGCCCCGCGGAGUGCCAGGGACACUCGGGGAAGGACCUGACGAAGAGCCAGGCUCAGGGAGCUGCCAAGAGCUUUUACUGAGCGGGCUGGGGUCAGCGGGAGCGGAGAGGAGGUCCCUGGGGGGACGGACCCCGGAGCUCGGUGUAAAUAGCACUUUUACAUACCUCCUCCUGGCCCCGAACGAGCCUGCGCAGGGCACCGCGGGCACCG